AUGUCAACUGCGGAGAAUAAAGGAAUGGCUCACCACGGGCGGCGCGGACCUUCCAGAGCGGGCAAGCCGGCCACGAUCGUGGUGCGCGUGGGUAACAACCGGCCCGACCUGGGCACCAACCCCGUGUGCAACCGCUUCACCGGCCAGCUGGAGGAGGGCAAGCCGCUGUUCCUGCCCUGCAACCCGCCGCUGCCGGGCGCCUUCGUCUCGGUGCACCUGGAAGGCCCCACGCCCACCCAGCUGUCUAUCUGCGAGGCGUUCGUCUACACUGAUCAGGCGCUGCCCAUCGAGAGGUGCCCCCAGUUCAGGGACCAGCCCCCGGGCAGCACGGCCACCUACAACGGCAAGUGCUACAUCUUCUACUCGCGCCAGCCGCUCAACUUCCGGGACGCGCUCGCCUUCUGCCGCGCGCGCGGCGGCGACCUGGUCUCCGAGAGCAACCCGGCCCUGCAGGGCUUCAUCAGCUGGGAGUUGUGGCGGCGGCACAGAAGCGACACGGCCAGCCAGUACUGGAUGGGUGCGGUCCGAGACCCCAAGGACCGCAACAACUGGAAGUGGAUCAACGGCGGCGACGUGGCGGUGUCGUUCUGGAACCUGCCCGGCGGCGACGAGGACUGCGCGCGGUACGACGGCUCCAAGGGCUGGCUCUGGUCAGACACCAACUGCAAGGCCAGCAUCAACUACAUCUGCCAGCACCAGCCCAAGGCGUGUGGCAAGCCCGAGCAGCCACCCAACUCCACCAUGGUGGCCAGCAGCUUCAACGUGGGCGCCACCAUCGAGUACUCGUGCGACGAGGGCCACCUGCUGGUGGGGCCGGCCACCAGGACGUGCCUGCCCACCGGCUUCUACGACGAGUUCCCGCCCGUGUGCAAGAGCAUCCAGUGCGGCUUCCCCGCCGACAUCUCCCACGGCUCCUACCGCCUGCUCAACGGCACCGUCUCCUACCUGUCGCGCGUGCUCUACUCGUGCCAGGACGGCUUCCGCAUGCUGGGCCGAGCCCUCCUCACCUGCGACAUCGACGAGCGGUGGAACGGGCCGCCGCCCAAGUGCCAGGCCAUCGAGUGCGAGGAGCCGACGGCCAUCCCCAACGGUCGCGCCGUCCUCAAGACGAACUCGACGCGCGUGGGCUCGGUCGUGGAGUACGGCUGCAGCACGCGCGGCUACAAGCUGCUCGGCCCCAAGACCAUCACCUGUCUGCCCACCGGCCAGUGGAGCCAGGACCCGCCCGUCUGCAAAGAGGACGUGAAGCCCGCCCCGGUCGGACCUAGCGGCAAGUUGCCCGCCAGGACGUCCCCCGCCACCCCGAGGACGCCGCCGUCCACCACAGCCACGCACGCGCCCGCGCCGCCGCCGCCCACGAGGCCCGCCACCGCGCCGCCCCCGCCCUUCCUCCGGCCGCGGCCGGUGCCCUUCAGCCCGCCGCCCCCCAAGCCCGCCGCCGCCCCCAAGCCCCCGCAGCCCGAGGAGGAAGAGGAGGAGGAGGUGGAGGAGGAGGUGCUGGAGGAGGAGGUGAACGAGCUGCAGGAGCUGGGUAGGCCCGCGGGCUCGGACAGCCAGGCGAGUGGGGCGGCCCACGUCCCCAGGAUCGUCGUGGCCUCCAACCAGCCCCCGCAGCCCAGCGACACCCCUGAGGGCUCCAACUCCAGGGCGGGCCACUCUCCAGGCGCAGACCUGCCUGGCGCCGUAGACGCCGAAAAGCGGGACACGCUCGGAGCAAAGUUAAAUCUAGGUGCCAUCAUUGCUCUCGGAGUGUUUGGAGGGUUUGUGUUCCUAGCAGCUAUGAUCACCACAAUCGUCAUACUCAUCAGAAGGAACCGAAGUGCCAAACACUACCGCCACCGAGCCUCGCCGGACUGCAACACGGUGGCCUCGUACGACUCGAGCAGCUCGGAGAGCCGCGGCGGCCUGAACCGCUACUACCGGCAGGCGUGGGAGAACCUGCACCAGUCUGCGGGCGCCAAGGCCCACGCCGCGCAGCAGCAGCACCACCACGCCGUGCACGCCGCGCUGCGCCGCAAGGAGACCAUGGACGAGCCGCACCACGCCUAUCGCGCCGGCAUGCGCGACGGCUCCGAGCUCGUCGUCACGGACGUGGCCGCCGCCUACAACGGCCAGGUCGGCGUCAAGCCGUCGGCCAUCGCGGCCGCGGAGAAGAAGCGCCACCAUCACCACCACCACCACCACCACGGCGGCGGAGGCGGCGGCGGCGGCGGCGGCUCGACGCGCGACCAGAUGGACUGGCGCCACGGCCGGCAGCAGCACAAGAGGUACUAGCCGCCGGUCUUCACCUCACCACCAAGCGUGUCACCAUCGCCCCGGACUGGUGCCCGGGAGUCAGUGUUGGUGGCCUUCGACAGGCAUGUGGCUGGGGAGACCAUUCGUGUGGACCAUUUAUAGGUGCGAUCACCCCCCGCCUCCGCUCCCCCCUCGUAUGGCCCAGUUUAUCCAGUACACGAUAGUUAAAUAAAAAUAUGCCAUAUGACAAGAAAAUGCGGACAGCUGUCGACCAUGUGCUGUUAGUUGUCCUGUUUCAAAUGAUUGAGACAUUGCAUCUGUUUUGCUAUGAAAGAAAAUUUUAGUGGUCCGGCUGGGCAAUGUAAGAAUGUUGUAAAAAAAAAUAAUUCUGGGAUGAUGGCGAAGUACCUAUUGAUGUGGGUUUAUCGCAAAGUCCUUGUAUUAUGAUAUGCCAUACUCUGCGCGUCAGUAGGUUUUUGAGGACUUGCUGCGCGCGGAUCAAUGACUUGUAGUUUUCCUACUUGUCUGAUAUUUGCCAGUGUCACUCAAUUGUAGUUGGUCGCAAUGGCGUCGAAGCAGAAGAACCUCCCCGGAGGUACUAUUGAUCCACUCAAUAUCGACGUCAUUUCGACCAACAGUUUCCCACUGGAAGUUUAUGUGUAAAUAUUUGUACUUGAAGCAUGUGAUUUUGUUUUUGAUUUUGUUUUUGUUUUUGAUCGAAUCGUGCAGUAUUAGGAGUUGCUAAUGUACGUAAUUUGUUGGAAGACUGAGUUAAAUGCCCUUUUACCGACAUUGCUGAGCAAUACUUUACAAGAAAAUCUAUAAUUAAAAGCGCAUGGUGCUGAAAACUUCUUAUCUACCUUGGAAAAUUAUUGGUAAUAUUGACAUUUGCUCAGCACCAACAGAUUGCCAAUUGUUGUGAUUUGAAUUGAAUCCCUUGGCUUUAUUUGAGAUUUCCAAACUGGACCCUGCGGAGCCAGUCUGGCAAUAGACUGGAAAGUAAAGCUGAUGAGAAUCAUCAAAAUAUAAUGCCCUUGAUGGUAGUUUACAAAGAUUGAAAAAUAUUUGGUUAGAUGUAUGUAUCAAU